AUGCGCGUGCGACUGUUCUCUGACCCAGCAGGCAAGCUGGUGUCCGUGUUGGCUUGGUCGUCUGUGGCCUACGCCGCGCUGGCGAACGCUGCGGUCAGCACACAUGUCGCAAAAGCCGACACGGACAUCUCGCCCGGCGUCGUGAACGUGGACUUGGUCUUUCCCCUCAACAACACGUAUGCUCCGUUUGACGGUGCGAUGCCUAUUGUCUUUGCUCUGAGCCGCCCUGACAUUGGGUCUGUUCUGCAGCUUCGGCUCAGCUACAGGCUGUUCGACCUGGCCAACGCUGCUUUGGGCCAAGGUCAAGUGGUCAACCUCUCUUCGGACUCUGGCCCCGUCCCGCAAACAAAGAACAAUGGCGACGGGGAGUAUGCCUUUUUCAUCCACUUUAGCGACGACGCCAUCGCUGGCCGCAUUGGCCAGUUCCUUGUGGAGCUGACGUUGAUUUAUGUCGUCGACUAUCCCGGCGACAAAGACGUGCCCAGCUCCGUCGUUCAAGUCCCCCUCAUGUACGACAUGAUUUUCACGACGCGUACGGGCGCGCCGCCGGCUGUUGUUCCCGGCAUGAACGUCAGCGACAGCGGCAGCGGCAGCGGCAGCAACAGUUCGACGCCUUCGUCGUGUGUGCCCCUUGGCGCCGCGUCCUUUUACUAUCCAAUCAACAUCACCGGUUUCAUUACGGAAAAGGGCAUCAACUACGGAGUGGUCUCCACAGACAAGACGCGCCACCUCCUGCCCCCGUGUGCCGUACGAGUCGACCCCGAUACCGCAGCCUCCAUUGCAGCCGGCUCAACACAGACCACGGCUACGGCGACCGGCACAGGCGCCACGGGAAGUCCUACCGCCUCUCCCAAUGCCGCUCUAUCUGGACGGGCUUCUACGUCUACUAUUGUUGCCACUGUCUUUGUCCUGGCAGUCUUUCAGUGCUUCCAUGUUUUUCAUUGGCUUUGA